AUGGCGGAGCCGCCGAGCCCCGCGCACGGGGCCGCUGCCGCCGCCGCCGCCGAGAAGGAACCGUUCGGCAAGCUGCAGCCCCCGUCCCGGGACCCACCAGGCCCUCUGUCCGCCAAGAAGGUCCGGACUGAGGAGAAGAAGGCGCCACGGAGACUGAACGGGGAAGGGGGCAGCGGCGGGAACAGCAAGCAGCUGCAGGCGCCGGCGACUCCCUCGCCUCAGAGCUAUGGCAGCCCGGCGCCUUGGAGUUUCGCCGCGCUGCCGGCCGCCCCCUCCCCGGCCUCCGCUCGGAGCGGUUUCUCUUUCUCCGCCGGCGCGGCCGUCCCCUCCUCAGCCUCCGCGUCCUCGUCUCAGCCGCUGCCGCGCAAGCUGCUGGUGUCCUCCGCGCUGUUGCACGCUCAGCCCCACCGCCUGCUGCUGCCGGCCGCCGCCGCCGCCGCGGCCCGCGCCAAGCCGCGCAGACCCAAGGAGAAGCGCGAGAAGGAGCGGAGGCGGCACGGCCUCGGCGGCGCGGGCGAGCCCGGCGGGGCCGCCCGGGAGGAGAACGGGGAGGUGAAGCCGCCGCCGCGAGAUAAAAUAAAAGACAAAAUUAAAGAGAGAGAGAAAGAAAAAGACAGAGAAAAAAAGAAGCAUAAAGUAAUGAGUGAGAUCAAGAAAGAAAAUGGAGAAGUAAAGAUUUUGCUGAAAAGUGGGAAGGAGAAACCAAAAACAAAUGUUGAAGACUUACAAAUUAAAAAGGUAAAGAAGAAAAAGAAAAAGAAACACAAAGAGAAUGAAAAACGGAAGCGUCCGAAAAUGUAUAGCAAAUCUAUUCAAACCAUCUGCUCAGGAUUGCUCUCUGAUGUUGAAGAUCAAGAAGCCAAAGGCAUCUUAAGUGAUAACGUAAAGGAUUACCGUGGAAAGAAUUUGGAUACCAAGAACUAUGAUUCCAAAACUCCAGAGAACAGUGAGUUUCCAUUUGUCUCAUUAAAGGAGCCACGGGUUCAGAAUAACCUUAGAAGGUUGGAUACUUUGGAGUUCAAACGGCUCAUUCAUAUUGAGCACCAGCCUAAUGGAGGUGCAUCCGUUAUCCACGCCUACAGUAGUGAGCUCUCCCACCUGUCUCCUGUGGAGAUGGAGAGGUUCGCAGAAGAAUUUGUGGGUCUGGUGUUCAGUGAAAAUGAAAACUCUGCGGCUUUCUAUGUAAUGGGUAUUGUUCAUGGGGCAGCUACUUACUUACCUGACUUUUUAGACUACUUUUCAUUUAAUUUUCCCAAUUCGCCAGUGAAAAUGGAGAUAUUGGGAAAGAAAGAUAUAGAGACAACGACUAUGUCCAAUUUUCAUGCUCAGGUAAAAAGAACAUAUUCUCACGGUACUUACAGAGCUGGCCCAAUGCGACAGAUCAGCUUGGUGGGAGCAGUUGAUGAAGAAGUGGGAGAUUACUUCCCUGAGUUCCUUGACAUGUUGGAAGAUUCACCAUUUUUAAAAUGUACACUGCCAUGGGGGACACUAUCUAGUCUAAAAUUAGAGAGUCGAAAAGAUAGUGAUGAUGGUCCCAUUAUGUGGGUACGCCCAGGAGAACAAAUGAUCCCUGUGGCUGAUAUGCCAAAGUCACCUUUCAAAAGGAAAAGGACUACCAAUGAAAUAAAAAACCUGCAGUACCUACCUCGAACUAGUGAGCCCCGUGAGAUGCUCUUUGAAGACAGGACAAGAGCCCAUGCAGAUCAUAUAGGACAAGGUUUUGAACGACAGACUACAGCUGCUGUUGGAGUGUUGAAGGCUGUGCACUGUGGAGAAUGGCCUGAUCAACCCCGAAUAACCAAAGAUGUAAUUUGUUUUCAUGCUGAAGAUUUCUUAGAAGUAGUUCAACGAAUGCAGUUAGAUUUACAUGAACCUCCACUGUCUCAGUGUGUCCAAUGGGUUGAUGAUGCAAAACUUAAUCAACUGAGGAGGGAAGGCAUUCGCUAUGCCAGGAUUCAGCUGUAUGAUAAUGACAUUUAUUUUAUUCCAAGGAAUGUUGUUCAUCAAUUCAAGACAGUUUCAGCUGUAUGCAGUUUAGCAUGGCAUAUUCGGCUCAAGUUAUAUCACUCAGAGGAGGACACUGCUCAGAACACAGCUACUCAUGAAACAGGCACAUCACCAGAUUCCACAUCAUCAGUUCUUGGACCUCACACUGACAACGUGAUUUGUGCUGUGAGCAAAACCUCCUUGGAUUCUGUUUUUUCAGAGAAACUUCAUUCUAAAUAUGAAUUACAGCAGAUUAAACAUGAACCUAUUGCAUCUGUAAGAAUCAAGGAAGAACCUGUGAAUGUGUAUAUGACUGAAAAGACUAGAGCACCGAAUAAUACGGAUGGCAAGAAUGUUAAAGCAAAAUUGGAUCAUGUUCAAUUUACAGAAUUUAAGACUGACAUGGACUCUGAAUUUGAAAAUAGCAACAAAGAUUUAAAGGAAGAAUUGUGCCCUGGAAGUCUCAUAAGUCUAGUUGAUACAAGGCAACAUAGUUCAGCACAUUCAAAUCAAGAUAGAAAAGAUGAUGACGUUUUGUGCUAAAUUUGUACAUACCAUUUAAAAUUCUCUUUUUUUUAAACUUAAUAAUGUAAUAAAGAUUCAUGAAUUCUGAAAGCAAGCCAAGGACUUGCUCCCAAGUCUGUUACAAAAUAUAGUUUAUGUAGCUUUGUAACAUUCCUCAGUGCCUGUCCAUAACUGUGAAGUAUCAAAGCACUUAGGGCCAGACGCACUGUAAACAUUGCAGGUUUAAACAAAAGGAGUCUUUAAAAAAUCAUUUGAGUUGAGUCAUGGGUUUUAGAAUAGAGCUGACAUUAACAUAUAUAUAUAUAUUUUUUGUAAUAUGAGCCAGAAUUCUUUUUCGACAAUUUAAGGCUUUUCCAUAGAGCUUAUUUAUACCAGUUUUCUUUUUUUCAUUUUAAAUGUGUCAGCACUGUAGUGUAAAUAGCUUUUAAAAAAUCUUUUUAGUGUGAUUUAUACUGAAAUGUGAGCCACUUAAUAAAGGUUCAUAAUAAUAAAUAUGUUUUCUGUUGGGUCGACAAAAAGACAAACUGACAAAAUUCAGUUAAAUCAUUUAUUUGCUCUGUUAUGUUUCUGCUGGUAUAUUCAUUUAGAGUGGUAAUGGAGUGCAAAUGUCCAUAUUCAAAUCUAGUGAAUAUUUAAAUUUCCCCACACUGUGCAAGCAUUUUUUAAAACCAAGAUUCAGUUAUGAAAACAUAUUUAUAUAUGUGUGUAUGUAUGGGAAUAUAUAUAUGUAUAUCAUAUUUUGCAUAACUUCUUAAAUUGCUGAAUAAGAUGAGUAUGUGAAACUUUCUAGCCCUAUUCCCUGGAAAACAUUUUAAAAUAUUUAUAUGCAACAUUAAGAAAGCAGUUGAGGUAAUAGAAACAAUUUUAUAAAGUUGGGAGAAACAGAGUCUGUUUGUGAUAUCUAACCCUUCUAACUAAUGAAGUUAUGUGGCCAGAUUAUAUAGCCCUAACAUAAAUUUUCUUUGUAAUGUAUGAAAUAAGAAGUUGAGAAAAUUUUGUUACUAUUAAGCACCUAUACUAGACUUAAUAGUAGCUGAGUAAAAAUCUUUAGUUACAGAAAGUUUAAUUGUGAACAGUUAAAAUCCUCUUUUACAUUUUUCUUAUGGAACAGGAGGAAAAUAUGGCAAAUACAAAAUCUUAACAUAAGGGCAAUGACUCAACUGCCAUAUACAGAGAUAUAACUAACACAAUAAGAUGUGUCACCUCAUCUUUCUAAGGAUCCCUCUCCCUACCCUAGCAAGGUAAACAAUUUAGAGUACUUCUUUUUGAAAAGAAGCUCUAGAAGGUAAAAUUGGGGUAGGAAAUAGGAUUUUCAGUGCCUCACUAAAGAUGAUUAAAACACAUCUUUUCAGUGAUGGACUUCCAGCACGAUUUCAGACUGCUUCUACUAACUGUAAUUAAAAGUCAAACAAAUGUCUUUAAUGUAUGCUUUGAUGUAAGGAACUCUGCUCAUGGCAAAUCUAUUUUAUUUUAUUUGUCUUGGGUAUUUUUCUGGGCUUAUACUUUGGUUGAUGACUUUCACCUGGGGUUCUUUGUGCUGCCUUUUGGGCUAGUGUUGCUAUUCCCAUUUCAUUGGUUUCUCACCCAGCCUCAUUUGUGGUACCCAUAAAACUGCUUAUCUUUCUGGUUAGGGAGAAGCCACUUAGAAAGAGGCAUUUCACCAGAAAAAAUAAACUGCAGCAGUGAUGUGAUUUCUGGCCCGCAGUUUAAAAGGGUAGGCAAAUAUUGUAGGAAAUUUCGAUGGUUUGUAGGAAAUCAAUAUAUGUAUUUGCAACAUAGAAAUUUUCAUGGGAUGAAGAAGGUAUAAAUCAUGAUAAUGUAAAUAGGGAUUUUGUUUUAUAUGUUACUGGCUUACCCUGCCUCUCACCACUUUAAUCUUCUCUUUUAAGCUAUAUUUAUAUAUUUGUACAUACCUUUUUGGGAGACAAAUGUUCAUAGCAAACCAGUAUUGAGAAAUAGGAAGGGAUGUGGUUAAAAUAUUGUUUUUCUUUUCUCGUUUUUGUUUUUUUUCUUUUUUUUUUUUGGUGAGGAAUAUUUGCCCUGAGCUAACAUCUGUUGCCAGUCUUCCUCUUUUUUUUUUUUUGCUUGAGGAAGAUUCACCCUGAGCUAACAUUUGUGCCAGUCUUCCUGUUUUAUGUAUGUGGGUUGUGGCCACAGCAUGGCCACCAACAAGUGGUGUAGGUCUGUGCCCAGGAACCAAACCUGGGCCGCCAAAGCAGAGUGUGCCGAACUUAACCACUAGGCCACGGGGCCGGCCCUGUGUUCUUCUUUUUUUAACCGAAGGGUGAUAUAUUUAACAAGGUUUGUUUUUGUUCCAAUUUUCCAGUAGCAUACACAUGGACGCAUGAGAUCAUACUGUAAUAAAUGUCUUUAGGGUAUCCCUCCAAAAUAUAUGAGCCUUAAACUUUUAACUUAAAGACAUAUCUAAAACAACCAUAGUUGCUUUUAGGUAUAGUUUCCUAUAUAACCUAUAGUCAAACUUCUCCAUAUUUUGAAAUUUUAAUUGUUUUGUAAAAUGCAUAUAUCUCCAUGGAGGUGAAGUAUAAAUCAGUGGGCUCCGAUUUCAAGAUACAGCCUUGUCACCUUCAGUAAUGCGUAUGUUCCUUGUCUUACGGGUUAUCAUUUUAAAAUCGUCUUCAGAUGCAAUCUGAAAACUUGCUGACUACCUUUGUUACACACAAAUAAUUUCUACUUCAAUAUUGCAUUAUAUUAAUGGUUUCCUAGUAGUACAUUCCAGUUCUUUAUCUGAACACAAGUUUUUUGCUGUUAUUUCCAAUUUCUUGGACCAGAACAAUAAAGCACUUAAUAUAUAGUUUCUAUAUGAUCUUAUACUAUAUAGACUAAACAGUUGUUAUGUAAAUUAUUAAAUUGAUACACAGACCUUUACAGAAAAACUAAGGUACCUCAGUGGUGUCUGCUACAGUGCUUUUUUUUUCUUUUUAAAUUACUUUUGUUCAUACCCGUUUAGCUAUCUAAGUAAUAUAUAUUCCAUACUCAGGUUAGCUGGUUAGCUAGCAAAAGAAUUAAGCAUUUGUGAUAUUUAGUUGAAAAUUUUACUAAAGCCAUAUUCAUUAUCUUCCUUGUCACUAAGGCUGUUGACCUUAAAUAAAGAUUAGGUUGAUCUAGUACAACACUCGGUGUGUGUGUGUGCAUGUGUGUAAGAUUAUUGGAAAUAUGUUUGUUUCCACAUAUAUUCAUUUUUAAUCCAUUCUAUUACUAGGGGGGGUCAUGGAAGGUAGAAAAGAUUUUAUUUCUUGAGUUAAGUCUUCAAGGUAUUUCAUUAGUGUUCCUGAGUGUAAAACACUUUUUUCCAAAUUCGUAUGGCAGGUAAGAUCAUUUUUGUAAAUAAUAGAUUAGCAGUGUUUUGGUAAAUUUCCAUUCAGUUAUUUUUUGGACAAGUUCAUUGUCAUGUAAAGCAAAUAUCUCAGAAUUCAUUUCACAUUUAGCAAAGGUGCAAGAUUUGUUUUUGGAGUUUGAGAGGAAUUUGUCUUCCACCUUUCAAUAAAUACUAAAAUUAAUAACCAUAA